CAGGUUCUCAUGACAACUAUAAAAAGCUUCAUAAAAUUUGAAAUGCUUAAGCUAUGAGUCAAUUUACAUAUUUCUUGCUACCUGUGAUUCUCUGGUUUUGACAAAAGCCUUGCAGCUUCUGGGCCGGUACAUUUAAACAAGUGAGAAUUGACCUGCACUCACAAGGUUAGGCCAGGUCAAGGAAAUGACAUGCAGGACACUUUCUCUGUUGCAGAGAUGUGCAACAAGAUAACAUAUAUUCGCAACGUGAAGGAUUAAGUCCUGCAUUUAAACCAGCACUUCAAUGAUGGUGUUUUUAUUUGAAGGUCUAGAUUUACCUGUGAAAGAUAUUUCUUUUUAUCAGCCAGCGUUUAAGAAGGUCACCUUACAGAAGAUGAAUCAGAGAGGAGCUCUAUCUCCCCUCCCCAAAGUGAACAAAACUUCCCCCCAACACUCUACCAGCUCCGAUUUCAUUUUCACACUUGAUGAACUUUUUAAAAAAUCUGUGUGUGAAAUGUGUGUAUGUGUUGUCUUAAGAUCAUAACAAUGAAGGCUGCCAGAUUAUUAGGUCAUAAUGCAAAUUUCUGUGUCUUUCCAUAUCAUUAAUCAGUGCGAAGUUCAAUUUCUCUCUGUAGAUAUAUAAGUUAGCUUUUUAUAGUGGAUAAGGUCGGGAGGUCAUCAGGGAACUCUCAGGUAGUUUAAAUGUUCAAGCUACAAUUAAAGGAAUGUAGUCCGAUUAUAUUGUGUACCGCAUGUUAGUGAUAAAGAGAUUUCAGUUGGAAGGUCACACAUGAAUUUAUCAAACUGGAAAGGUAUCAUUUAGCCGAGUGUCUAUCACCCAGCACCAAGGGAGGCUACUCUCUCAGAUUCAGAUAUAAUGUAAUAUUGAUUGAGAGAGGAAACAUCCAACAUGGUGAAGUAAAAUUGUUACAAGAUGUCAGGUGGUAUGAAACCAAAUACAGGAUGUCGAUAUAUACAGAGGACAUUCUUCUGGGACAUAAGGAACUUGGUUUAAAACAGGAAACUGGAGAGUGAUAGGCAGCACAGCGUGGGGACAGCGGAAGGAGGGACGCCCCCGUCAGCCACAAAAAUGCUGCCAGAGUCGGCCGAUAAAAUGGGCACAGAACUCAACGGCACCGCGGUCAAGUCAGAGGUCAAGGUCGAGGUCAAAGAGGAGCCGCUGGAGGAGAAGCGGACGACGGACAACUCAACCAACAACUCCUCAGGGCCUCCAAGCAACAAACUGACCAAUGGAGAAACAGAUAACAACAACCAUACCAUUGAUAAACCAAAAGUGAAAGAAGAGAAGCUGCCACCUCAAACCCUGGCAGAAGUACUCAGUGAAGACACUGAUGACCGUCGAUCCUCGCCGGCAAAAAUGGUUCCCCCAAACAAGACGCCUCAGCCCCCAAAAACGUCCAAGUCCCCAAUCGCCGCCCCACCCCCCAACUCAUCGCAGGGGACCCCCCCAACUAGCCACAUGGGGCCAAUGCCCCACCAGGCCCCACCCACCAGUGGAGAGUCCCAGUUUAUGCAGCAGCAGAGUCAGAUCUUUGUGUUCUCUACCCAGAUGGCCAACGACGCGGCAGAGACGGUGAUGGCCGGCCAGUACAAGAACAUCCUGUCCUUCCACAUGGACCAGCCAAACACCAAGAAGUUUCUUCAGAAGCAUCAGAUGAAAAUCAACCCCUUUGGCGGAAAUCCAGGAGGCAUGCCUCCGCGUAACGUGAGACCAAACCUGGUCAAGAACCAGGCAGCCAUGGGGGGACCCUUUCCCCCCAGUUCUUCAGUCGAACAGUGGGUUCAGCAGCAAAAUGCUCAGCUGCAGGAACAGUAUAGUUUCCCCCCUGGAAUGAACUCUAGAAAUGGAAAUAAUCCAGGGAUGUCUCAGUGGCCAGGAGGCAUGAUGGGGGAUGGAUUUGAUUCCAGUGUGAUGGGGAUGGGGGGUCCUCAUAACCCAAGCUUAAGUCAACAGAAAGUGCCUAAUGAAAACUUAACUCCUGAACAACUAAAGAAGCGGAAAGAUGCCUUGCACAACUUACAAAAGAUUCAAGAAAUGUUGUUUCCUGAGCAACAUCAGCCACCGUAUGGACCUGGCCAAGGACAGGGAAUGGGGGGAGGAAUGAUGCAGGAUGGGAUGCAGGGAGGUCCAAUGAUGCAACAGAACAUGAUGUCUCCACCCCAUAAAAGAAUGAAUACACAGCAGAGCAUGCCUGGGCAUGAGAUGAUGCCUCAGCAAGGUAUGAUGGGACCUGAUGGUAUGAUGGGUUCUCCAAAUAGCAUGAUGCCAAUGUCUCAGUAUGGCCCUGGGCCAGGGCCAUCAUUCAUGGGACCCAGAGGCCCUGGUCCACAAGGGAUGCAUAAUGUAAGCCCAGCACAGCAUGAAUGGCAACGUCUGCAGCGUGAAUUUUACAUGGAGAAAUCUCGGCGUCAAGGUAUGGUUCAGCGCAUGGGUCAUCCUAACAUAGAAAUGUCAGGAAAUGGACCUCCUCCACCUUCAUACCAACACUCUAUUGCUCAAAAACGUGGCUCUGUUAGUUCUACCUCCCCAAACUGUAAUGGACCUCUUGGCUCUCCCCCAAUGGUUUCACAGGGUGUUUUUGAUUCACAUGACAUGUUCUCUCAAGGACCACGUAGGUCCUCCUUUGGAUCUCUUGAACAAGGACCUGGGAUGAUAAAUCCUGGGAUGGGUUCCGGUGGACAUUUUGAUCCUAUGAUGCCCAACAUGCCAGGAUCUGGUGCAAUGGCUCCUGGCAUGUCUGGUCCAAUGCAUCCGCGACAGCAAAAGUCAUCUCGUCGUAGCAGUUCAUCUGAACUUCAACGUGUAGGCAAUCCUGAACCUCUAGUUCCUGAGCUUGUCCCCAGUCGUCCAUCAUCAAGAACCAGCGUAGGAACUAGUGUGAGCAAGCCACCGCCUAGCUAUGCACAACAUGCACAAUCACUGAAAAGGAAACGAUCCGAAAUCGAGGAGGACCUCUACAAAAAUCUUCAACCUACACCUUCUCCUCAGCAAAUCAAUUACCUCAACCAGUUCGAAGGACAGGAACUAACAAUUACAAAACAACUCAACUCUGCAUAUCGUGACCCCAAUACACCAGAGAAUCAUGGGCCAGGGAAUCAGUUUGGAUCAAAUCCAGUUGCGCACUCACCCAUGCAUAUGAAUUCAGGAACAAACAAAGGCCCCAUGUCUAAUUCUAGCCAGACAUCGAGUGGAGGCCCUCUCAAUAGCCCAGGACCCUGCCCGAUGUCGGUAACUGGACCGAGUCCUCACUCUGGGGCCAACAUGAGACUUUCACAUUACGACCCACCACCUGUAUCAAACUCUAUAGCCAAUAGUAUGUCAUCAACUAAUGUUACAUCUAGUGCUCCCCCUACCCCAUCAAACAAAUCAUCCCUCUCCAACAUCACUUCAUCAUCUCUCGCCGACUUAGCAAAAGGAGUAGAACAUUUAUCAAAUCAAAUGCAACAAAAUAUGAUGCAGGGAGGACCUUUUCAUAGUAUUCAAAUGCAAGGACAGCAAGCAACAUCAAACACAAAUACAUCACAAUCCUCAACGAUUUCAUCUGUGUCAACUGCAGAAAUGUCCUCACAGACAAACACAACACCAAGUGUUAACAAUACAUAUGUGAAUGCCACCAUGUCCAUACAACAGUUGAAUAUCCAAAGUGUCAACGCCAGCCCUGGAGGGCAAAAUUACCCAAAUCCUCAAAUGAGUGUGCAACAAAUGAACAUGGAGCAAAUGGGAAUGUCUGUGUCAGCUUCAGGACCAGGACAUCCCAGCAUGCCUCCUUCAUCCGUGUCCAUGUCACAGGGCCAAGCCAUGAUGGGCAAUCCCAACAUGGGGCAGGGAGACAUGAACAAAAUGCAGCAGCAACAGGCCUCUGUUCAAAUGGGCAACAAAAUGAUGAUGGCCCAGAAUCAACAGAGUGGUCGUCCUGGAUCUCCCAACAUGCAUGCUGGCAAUACCAUGGGAAAUGCCAGCGUUCAAAUUCAGUCAAAGACCCCCAACACAAUACAGUAUCUUCCUGCCCAUCCACCUGCUAAUCAACCAAAUGUACCCCAAAAACCUCCUGAUCUCAACUUCAUGCAAAGGUUUGCAUCUCCAAUGAACAACUUUGAUUCAAAAGUACCCACCUCUAAAAUGCAGUAUUUUUCCAACCCCCAGGAUCAAGUUAUGAGGCCAGGGAGAAUGUCUCCAUUUUCAGGGGGACAUCAAAUGGGAGGAAUGCCUCCACAACAUAUGAUGCAGCGAGGGGGAUCUGCAGGUCCAGAGUUCUCCUCUAUGGGUCCUGGGGGACCUCCUAUGGGAGGAAUGAAUGACAUGAUGAUGAACAACAUGGGAGAUAACAUGGGAGGUCCCAUGGGGCCAACUAUGGGAAAUAUGCCGCCAGGAAUGAUGCCAGGGCCAAAUGAACAAGGAAUGAUGCAAGGAAACAUGCGCAUGUCCCCAGGGAUUAUGGGAAUGGAUCCUAUGGGCCCUAUGCCACAUCCAAAUUCACCACCAUAUGAUAUUGGACCCGAGCAAAUGAUGGGUCCUGGUCCAGGGAUGAUGGGGGGACCUAUGGGGUCAAGGAGACCAGCUCGAGGGUUCCCACCAGACAUGAUGCCCGGAGGUAGAGGUCCCUCCUCAAUGGAAAUGAUGCCUGGUGGAAGUUCUGCAGCACGAUUAUCAGCCAUGAGCAACUUUGGACCAUCCAUGCAGCCUCAUGGAGGACAGAUGCCUCCUCAUGGAGGAAUGAGAAUGCCUGGAGGGCCUGGGAUGGGCAUGGGUGGCCCACAGGCUGGAAACCCAUCCUAUACUGCCCAAUAUCAACAAUUCCAACAACAGUUGUAUUCUCAAGGACGUCCCAGACAAAUGUCGCCCAUGGAGGGCAUGAUGGGAGGGCCGGGCCCCGGUGGACAGUACAUGGGCAUGAUGCCCAAUAUGCCCGGGCCAUAGUUACCAUAUAAUGCUGUUACAUUAUGAAUUGUUGAUCAUGUGAUUUUGUUUAUUAAAAUCAUGUCUAACUUACAGUGAAUUGACGACAUUCAAGUCCUUUAAGGGUACAUGUCUUGUUUCAAAUCUGCUUGAGAAAAAGUCAUCACAAUCUAAUUCUUGUUAGUCAGGGACCAUAAAGAUUAUAUAUCAAACUAUGUCUGCUAACUGUGAAAGGGUAUGUGUAUUCCUGUUUUGUUAGAUUGCUGCAUUGAAAUGAUUUUUCUACAAAUUGUACACUGUUCAGGGCUGAUAUUCAAAGUUUACACUGCUAUUUUGCCUGAUAAUGUUGAAUAUGGCCUGACUUUGUACUUAUAGGUUGUGAUAACGGGCGUGUUUAAUUUUAUUUUCCUAAGUGCUACCAAAUCUUGAUUGUACAAUUAUUUUUUUUUUUUUUUUUUUUUUUUUACAAAUGACAGUUCUUCUGAGAUAAGAAUGACAAAAGUUUUUUACAAAAUACUCAGCAUUUGUCACUGUUCUUUUGAACCCCUUCACUUCCUUUGAUUUCACUGUAAGCAGGAUGUCCAAAUCGGUUGGGGUUUUUUUUAUUAUGUGUUAUUUUGGGAAAGAAUAAUUAGUUACUAUCCAUGAAAUGGAAAUGACACUGGGGACUUUUCAUAUGAUGAACAAUACAGGCAUGUUUUGGGAAAACUGAGCAUUUUUGUACGUUUAAGUUCAAAGGACCUGCUGCAAUAUGUAUACAUGUGAUACAGUUGCACCGAUAACAAGGGUACUUAUCAAAUAUUUACAGGGUAUAGCAUGCUGUGUAGGAAUAUAACCAUUGGAACUUUAUGUUCAACAGAGGGGAUUAUGAACUUCUAGAUAUACUUGUAGAUAAGUAGGAUCUUUUGGGGGUAAAAUUAUAUGCCCCUUGCUGACGAUUAUGCCCUCUGAAUUUUUGUAGGUACCUGGGGAGAAAUAUAGCUUUAAGAGCAUUCAUUUCUUUUUGUUUGUUUUUUUUUUACCAAAGAAUAAGCUCUCUCUAUUUUUUUUUAUACACCAAAUUGACUUAAAAAUCAGUCUGAAUUCUUUAUUAGACAAACUCUCUCCAAGGAUUUAAAAUGUCUUUCAUUUUUACAUCAAACACAAAUUUAUGUUUACAUUAAUUAGUGAUAUUACAAUAAUAUUUAAUUAUUUCUACAUUGGGUGUGUUUUCAGACAUUUUUAAACCAUAAACAUCGAAACAGGUUUUAAUACCCUGCAAAGCAUGACAUAACAUUUUGUGUGGUUGUUCAUAAUUAUAUGUAUAUUUUUUUGUCUUAAUUUUUUUUCCUGAAACUUACAAAUUUUUUUUUCUUGUAUAUUUAAUUAGAAUUUCAUUUUUGGGCUACACUUAUGAACAUUUUUAUCAAAGACUUUAUAGUUCUGAUAUAAAUAUAUAUAUAUAUAUUAUAUACAUAUGUAUUAUAUCUUUGUCUACACAUUGUAAAUAUGUCAUGUACAGUUAUUUUGUUUAUUACGACAUCAUUUCAUUUUGAUGACAAACCUCCAUCCAGACGUUUCAUUACUGUAUAUAGGUCCCCAUCAUUUACUUAAUGGUCUACAAAGAGCAUAUCAUUUGAUGUAGAAGGAUUAUAUACUUACUGUUACCUAUAUCUGUUGUCAAGGAGAAAUGACCUUGACCUUUGACUGCUCUGAAGGUCACUCGUGCAAUACAAGCACCAUAAUGUUUAGACUAUUUUUUGGUAGUUUAUUGAACAAGUGAAGUAUGUGUGAAUUUUUGACAAAACAAUGUGGCUUUAUAUUCUGACACGAGUGUUAGUUUUCUGAUUUCUCUUUCUCUGAUAUGCAGAAAGCUAGAAAAUAUUCUAAGAAAAACAGUGUUUAUCAAAUACUUUCUCAAAAUUUAUAAUCAAUCUUUUCUUUUGAAUGCAAGACAUUUUAAAAAGGUCAGGUCACUGUUAUUUAUGAAUUUUCUAUUUUCUGUGGAAUUUUUUUCUUCAUCAAAACAAAAACAAAAAUGGUUUAGAAGAGGGCUUUCACAUGAAAAGGUGGUUUUAAUAUAGGAAUGUUAAAAGUGGGGAAGUAAAUGAAAGCAUUGACCUUCUAUUUUUGAUACAUUUUAUAUAGUUAUAUAUCUGGACUGCUGAUGAUACAUAAGUCUAACAGGAUUAAAAUAGGUCACGUCAAAAUAUGUGCCAUGGAUUCUUUCACAGACGACUGUUGACUGUUAAGUGAGUCAUAUUUCCUUUCUUGUCUGUUAAUUUAUUGUGAAUUAGAAUCUGUGGAGUGAUUGUGUAUAAUUUUUCUACAAAGUGUUGAUUACAGAAGAGACUGAAUGUGGUUCUAUGUAGGCAGUUUUUCCAACAUUAAAAUGUCAUUCAUAA